AUGAAGACCGUUACCUACUUCGCUGUCAUAGUUGCCGCCAUUCCGGCUGUUUGGUCUCUGCCUGCAGGCCUGAUUUUGAGACAAUUCCAGGUCCCUACAUGUGGAGCAGAAACAUGCUUGGCUUCGACAAACGGCACUUUUGUGGCUGCCAGCGCAUCCAACAGCACCGACCCCUACGACCUUGGAAAGAUCUGCUCUCUUCCCCAGGAGGACGUCACCCGCUAUGUAGAGACUGUGCAGCCCUGCAUUGACGGCGACGCUGGCAAGGCGAACUGCUCUGUAGGAGCUAUCUAUCAGUACAAAGAUCUUCUGAAGACCGAAUGUGCGAAGUCCAACAAGCAAGUCCAGUGGGCUUAA